AUGCCGAAAUUUACCAAAAAAGAUCGUCCUCGUGGUACAAGAAGCAAGACGACAAAAACAGAUGGAACAAGUAUCUAUGACGAUACUGAAGCUGCAGCAGCCACGACAAGUGAAGUCAUCUUGUCAUCGGAUAAUCCCGAAGAAAAACUUGACUCCGCGAUUGAAGGACUUCGAAAUAAAGAUUUAAAGACGCGCGAAAGCUCUUUACGGAGUCUUCAAGUUAUAUUUUCACAAAAAUUCAUUCCUGAACUCGUCAGCGAUCGAAGUGAAAGUUUAACUGAACAAUUGAUUGCCUGUUUGAAAAAAGGCAAUGAAUCUGAAGGGAAAUUAGCAGCUAUCGUUGCAACUUUAUUCUACAUUCAACUUGGCGAACCAAAUGACGAAGGUUUUCAACAAUUUCGUGAUGCUCUUUUGCCAGUUCUUAGAGAUGAAACAAAAUCUGCAUCAUUACGACGAAGUUAUGCACAAGCUGUGGGCAUGAUCUGUUUCAUUGCUAGUGAAGAUAUUUCCUCAACGGUCGAUCUGAUGAAAACAUUGGAGGCAAUCUUUUCGAAAUCUUAUCUACUUAACGAUGGAACAUCUCCAAUUCUAACACACGAUGUUCAAGAAUUACAUGCCGCAGCAUUAGCAUCCUGGUGCUUUCUUCUUUCCACCAUGCCGAAUAAUCAUGCACAUGAUUUAGUGCGACUUUAUGCACCUGAGAAAAUCCCUGGCUUAAUCGAAUCCAGCGACGCAGAUUUACGUAAUCAAGCUGGUGAAACAAUCGCUGUGUUAUACGAGAUUGCCCAAGAAAUCAAUAGUAUCUUUGCUGAGCCACCCGAAUCGUUAUUGACAACAUUGGACAAAAAAGCAACUGAUAGUGUUAAAUACAAAGGCAAAAAAGAAAAACGUUUACAACGCGCUACUUUCCGUGAAAUAUUCAAUUUCUUCGCGGAAGGUACUUCACCGCAAUUUACAAUUAAGUUUGCCCGAGAAGUUUUAGAAAUAUCCUCAUGGACAGGCAGACUCUAUUACAAUGGGUUCAGUGGUUUGUUAGGUACUGGUAUGAAUGUGCAUUUGAAAGAGAAUAGUUUUCUUCGUUCGGUGUUCAAUUUGGAUGAUCUCGAAGCUGAAGAGAGUCAAAAGGCAAAAGGCAAUCGAUUUGAACGACAACUGGCAAAUAAAGCUGCUUUUAAAUUACGUACUCAAGCAUUGAAGAAAACGCGUGCAAAUAAAGUAACACGUAGUCAGCAAGAAGAUUAA